CAGACACGCUUUACUACAAGCAGGCACGGAAAUUCCACAGAAGAAAUCCGAGAUUGUAAUACAGCGAAAUCAGGAAACAACCCCGGCGAAUUGGCUCAAAGUGGAUAAGAAACGAGGCCACUCCUAAACGGGAAGAGCGAACGUCCGGACGUCGGGAAAAUGGACUAAAGUCGCACCCGGGGGAGUCCGCAGAUGGAGGCGGUGAGAAGUUUGCUGUUGCUCGGGGCCGUGCUGCUCCGAGGGUCCGGCUCGCUGGCCAGGGAAGUGUGCCUUGGUACGGACAUGAAGCUGGCCCUGCCUUCGAGCCUGGAUAAACAAUACGAGACCUUGAGGCUACUUUAUACCGGAUGCCAGGUCGUCCACGGCAACCUGGAGAUUACGCACCUUCACGGAGACCUGGAUCUCUCCUUCCUUCAGGGGAUUGUGGAGGUGCAAGGCUAUGUGCUAGUGGCUUACGUCUCAGUGAGCCUAGUGCCUUUGGACAACCUCCGGAUUAUCCGAGGCAGCCAACUGUACAAUUCCAGCUAUGCUCUGGUGGUGCAGGAUAACACUCGGGGUGAAAAGGUUGGACUCGGGACACUUCGUCUUCGCAGCCUCACAGAGAUCCUGUUGGGCGGGGUCUAUAUUUGGGGGAACACCCAGCUUUGCUUCCCCGACCCCCAGAACAUUGUGUGGAGGGACACCUUGGAUGAGCAGAACAUCCACGCCGGCCCACACCGACUGCAGCCCAGGGCGUCCAACUGUUCAAGUUGCUCACCUGCAUGCAAAAACAGCUGUUGGGGAGAAACUGCACAGGAUUGCCAAACCUUGACUCGUAUCAGUUGUGCGUCAGGCUGCCAGCGGUGUAAAGGCCCUCUGCCUAACGACUGCUGUCACAUGCAGUGCGCCGCCGGAUGCACAGGACCCAAAGACUCAGACUGUCUGGCGUGCCGACAUUUCAACGACAGCGGCGUUUGUAAGGACAAUUGUCCUCCACCCACCAGCUACGACCCGGUCAGCUUUCAGACCAAACUCAACCCGGACAAAAAAUUCAACUUCGGAGCCACCUGCGUCAAGACGUGUCCAUAUAACUACCUAGCGAUGGAUGUAGCCUGCACUUUGGUUUGCCCCAAAGCCAACCAGGAAGUCAUCAUCUCCAAUCCCGAUGGGAACGAGACGCAAAAAUGUGAAAAGUGUGAAGGAGAGUGUCCAAAAGUGUGUUAUGGCCUGGGUAUGGACAACCUUGGCGUCAUGGACAACAACGGCGUCACCAUGGUAACCUCUUCGAAUGUGGAGCAGUUCAGUGCUUGUAAGAAGAUUUUUGGCAGUUUGGCCUUCCUCCCUCAGAGCUUUAUUUGGGACCCAGUGACCAACACAUCCGGCCUUGCUCUCGAGCAGUUGAGUGCCUUCAAGAACCUGGAGGAGAUUACAGGUUAUUUGUACAUUGAUGCCUGGCCAGAAGACUGGACUGACCUGACUGUGUUUGAGAACCUGAAGGUGAUCCGAGGCAGGAUGCUCUACAAGGGUGUAUUUUCCCUGGCCGUUCAGAACCUACACAUUCAGUCUCUCGGGCUGCGUUCGCUGCGCAGCAUCAGCGGAGGUUUGAUCCUGUUGCACAACAACUCUCAGCUGUGCUACACCAAUUCAUUGCCCUGGAGCAGCCUCCUCCACCCCACCCAAGGGCCCCACUACAUAGUGAACAACAACCAAGACCCCCAACUCUGUGAGGCAGAGGGGCGUGUUUGUCACCCGCUGUGUAAGGACGGCUGUUGGGGGCCGGGGCCCAGCCAGUGUGUGUCCUGCAAGACUUUCCGACGUGGCACCGAGUGUGUUGAGCAGUGUGACCUUCAUCAGGGGCCUGCACGGGAAUACAUUGAUGGAUCCUCGUGUGUCGCCUGUCACGCCGAGUGUCGGCCUCUCAAUGGCUCGCUCACAUGUCGUGGCCGGGCUGUGUGUGUGUGUGUGUGUGUGUGUGUGCGUGCGUUUCCGCAGGGUGCGGACCAGUGCGCCGAGUGUCAGAACUUCCAGGAUGGCGAGUCCUGUGUGGAGCAUUGCCCCAGCGGUGUGAAGGAGGACCAGCACACCGUGUGGAAGUACAGCAAUGCCACAGGACACUGUCUGCCCUGCAACACCAACUGCACGCUGUCAUGCACUCAGAUGGAUGAGAGAGGCUGCCCAAUCCAUCCCAAGACAGGACCGGGCACGACUAUUGCGGCGGCAGUGGGUGGUGUGGUGCUCUUCUUCAUCCUCCUCGCUCUGCUUGUCUUCUACUUGAGGAGACAUAAAAAGCUGAAAAAGAAGGAGACCCUGAGGAGGAUCCUGCAGGAGCACGAGCUGGUGGAACCUUUGACACCAAGUGGGGCCUCACCCAAUCAGGCUCAGAUGCGCAUCCUGAAGGAAACGGAGUUAAAAAAGCUCAGAGUGCUUGGCGCUGGAGCUUUUGGUACCGUUUACAAGGGAGUGUGGACUCCCGAUGGGGAAAACGUUAAAAUUCCGGUGGCCAUCAAGGUGUUGCGGGAGAACACCUCGCCAAAAGCCAAUAAAGAGAUCCUUGAUGAGGCAUACGUGAUGGCAGGGGUGGCCAGUCCCUACGUGUGUCGCCUGCUGGGCAUUUGUUUGACUUCCACGGUGCAGCUGGUCACUCAGCUCAUGCCGUACGGCUGCCUCCUCGACUACGUCCGGGAGAACAAGGAUCGCAUCGGCUCCCAGUUCCUCCUCAACUGGUGUGUCCAGAUUGCCAAGGGGAUGAACUACCUCGAGGAGGUGCGCCUCGUCCACAGAGAUUUGGCAGCCCGCAACGUUCUGGUGAAGAACCCGAACCACGUGAAGAUCACAGACUUCGGCUUGGCACGCUUGCUCGAUAUUGACGAGACCGAAUAUCACGCCGACGGGGGGAAGGUUCCGAUUAAAUGGAUGGCACUGGAGUCUAUCCUGCACAGGAAGUUUACACAUCAGAGUGACGUUUGGAGCUAUGGGGUGACCGUGUGGGAGCUGAUGACAUUCGGCGCCAAACCGUACGACAUGAUCCCGGCCAGAGAAAUCCCAGAUGUUCUGGAAGGCGGGGAGCGCCUCCCGCAACCCCUCAUUUGCACCAUCGACGUCUACAUGAUCAUGGUCAAAUGUUGGAUGAUCGACCCAGACAGCCGACCCAGAUUUAAAGAUCUGGUGAGUGAUUUUUCCGCCAUGGCCAGGGACCCACCUCGCUACGUCGUCAUUCAGAACGACGAGCAGAUGAGCAUGUCCAGCCCGGUGGACAGUCAGUUCUUCCGAAUGCUUCUGGAGGAGGACGGGAACAACAUGAGGGAACUGCUGGAUGCCGAGAAGUAUCUGGUGCCUCAACCCAACCUCUAUCCCAGGCCUCAGGGAGACGGGGCGCAGUCAAACGGGCCGUCCAGGCAUCAGUCAUACAGGAGCAGAGAUCAGGGCUUAGAAGUUGAGCCCCCCAUGGCUGCCGCAGCCCCUCGUAGCAUGUACUCCUCCCUCAGCACUCUGGGCCGCAGCCAGUACCCCACCUUACCAGUAGGAACCGCCGCCUCCAACGGUACGUGGACCCCUCAUUACCCCACGCUGGCACGCAGCCCCUCCGCCGGCGGCCAGUCCGACUCGGUCUUCCUGGACGGACCCCCGGACGACCCCUCGCUGCCCCCGGCCAGCCCCGGGCGCUACUGCAAGGACCCCACCUACGGGAGCCAGGGCGAGCUGGAGACGGACGGCCCCAACGGGUUCCUUCAUCCUCCUCAUCUUCAUCACUCGCUGCCCAGGAGAAGUCACGGCUAUAAUCGCAACCACGCCUUGCCAGAGUACGUCAAUCAGGAAGUCCAAGAGGCCAGACCGGAGCGGCCCACCACGCUUCCUCGGAAAAUCUCCAAAGUGGACAGACGCCUGCCGAACGGCUUGAGUUCAGGCCACAGUGUGGAGAACCCCAGGUACUUGGUCCCCUCCACCUCACCUGCCUUUGACAACCCGUACUACCUGGACCUCGUGGCCAAAGCAAAAGCGGUCGCCGGGGCGACGCCGGCGGACGGCCCGGCGGAACCGGAGCGGGACGUGCCGCGACAAGUCAACGGAUUUGUCACUCCCACGGCCGAGAACCCGGAAUAUCUGGGCCUGGCGGACACCUGGAGUGGAUACACAUGAACCUUAAGGGAGGUAUUGAGGGGGUGGCAGCUUGUGAAUGACAAUAUUAAUGCAGCCGGGACGUGUUUUUUUUGGAUUGCGCAAGUGAGUAUCUAACCAAAUGAGAAGGUAAUGGCGCACUGUGAUUCAUCCCGUUCAUCCGGUGUUCCUGGUGACGUUUAUAUUCCUCUCAACAAUCCGACCUUUCUGGAAAACAAGUUUACUCGGCCUAUGUAAAUAAUUCACUGUCAAACAAAAACUGAGGACGUUUUCAUCCAAUCACAUUCGACUGGAAGAUAGAAUGUUUUUUUUUGUUUGUUUUUUUCUCUCUCUCCAGGGUUUUUCCUGACUGUAAUUGAACCAUAGGCGGGAUCAUUCCGUUCAGUUGUUGUCUGCGGUUUUAGGAGCGACUUCCAGCUGUUUCUGAUACGUAAUACGCCAAUUGCAGAUAAAAAAAAAAUGACAUUGCAUCUCCAGUUUUUAUAUGCAGGAAUACUCUGCUUUUUUGCCAAACUUUC